CGGUGCAGUUGUCAAAAGUUGUAAAAUUUGCCUUUGCUGGUACCCGGUUAUUUUAUCAAAUUUAGCGUUUAUUUCCAUCGAAAAUGGCUAGAAAGAAGGGUGAAAACUACGACAGUGAUGGCGGUGAAGAGUCCAAUUAUGACGAGGAGCCGAACUUCGAUGAUCCUGAGGGAUUUGUCGACGACGUUACUGAUGAAGAGCUUUUGGGGGAUUUUCUUAAACGCAAACCUUGUGAAUCGGACGGAGUCGAAAAUGUAAUCGUUGUAGAUAAUAUUCCGGUAGUUGGACCUGCACGAUUUCCGAAGCUCCAGGGCGUCCUAGAAAAAAUUUUUAGAAGCGCUGGAGGAGAGAUUGUGAACAUUCACUACCCGAAGGAUGACGAGGAUAACACCAAGGGCUAUGCGUUCAUCGAAUACAAAAGUCCUGAGAUGGCGGAAGAAGCGGUGAAAGCCUUUAAUAACUACCGGCUGGACAAAUCCCACACUUUGUUGGUUAACUUGUUUUCCGAUUUUCAAAAGUACUCGGACAUUCCGAAAGAAUGGAGUCCACCGGAACCGCAACCUUACAAGGUGCAGAAUGAUUUGUAUACCUUUUUAACCGAACCGGAUGCACAGGAUCAAUUCUGUGUGGUGGCUGAAACAACUCCAAGUGCUGUUCAGGUGCAGUUCUGGCAAAACGCACAACCCGAACCUGUAGAACUUCUAACCCGCGAGCGUUUUACGGAGACUUACGUCAAAUGGUCACCCUUAGGAACCUAUAUUGUUACCUUCCACAAGCAAGGUGUAGUCAUCUGGGGUGGAUCCAACUUUAUCAAAAUCAACAAAUUCCCCCAUUCGAAUACGCAGUACGUGGAUUUCUCUCCUUGCGAACAGUAUUUAGUGACUUAUGGUCCGAACGGUCAGAAGAUUGUUAUCUGGGAUAUCCGAACCGGCACGGAAAAGCGGUCAUUCGUAUCGGAUGGCACAACUAACAUGUCAAUGUUCCGAUGGUCCCACGACGAUAAAUACGUGGCCAGGAUGGGUGAAAAUGCUAUUCACGUGUAUGAAACGUCCACGUUCUAUUUGCUGGAGAAAAAAUCCAUUAAAGUACAAGGUAUUCGUAACUUUAGUUGGUCUCCAACCGAUAACAUCAUUGCCUAUUGGAUGUCGGAGGAUAUCGAUGCACCAGCCCGUGUGACGUUAUUGGAAAUUCCUAAGAAAAUUGAAAUUCGUAACAAAAAUCUGUUCAAUGUUGCCGAUUGUAAGAUUCAUUGGCAGAAAUCUGGAGAUUAUUUGUGUGUCAAAGUGGAUCGUUACUCAAAAUCGAAAAAGGAUAAAAAAGACGCUGACGUAAAGUUUUUGGGCAUGUUUUACAACUUCGAAAUAUUCCACAUGCGAGAGAAGGACAUUCCCGUAGAUUCGGUUGAAGUUAAGGAAACCAUUCUAGCGUUUGCAUGGGAACCUGUUGGGUCCAAAUUUUCGAUUAUUCAUGGCGAACCGUCUUCGGCUAACGUUAGUUUCUACGAAGCCAAGAAAGGACAGGAACCGACAAUGCUCAAGAAAAUGGAGAAAAAAGUUUGCAGUCACCUGUUCUGGUCUCCCCGGGGGCAGUUUAUUGUGCUAGCCAACCUGCAAAUGGGAUCGUUUGAAUUUGUAGACACGAACGAUUUCACUAUUAUGAAGAGUGGCGAUCAUCAUCGUGCUUCCGAAGUAGAAUGGGAUCCUACCGGACGCUACGUAGUCACCGGUACUACAGGAAAGAUCAAAGAGGACCACGGGUACUACAUCUGGUCAUUCCAAGGUCGAAUAUUGAAGCGCGUCAAUCUGAAGAACUUUAUUCUGUUCUUGUGGCGUCCACGACCCCCGACUUUGCUCUCGGAAGAAAAGCAGAAAGAAAUUCGCAAAAAUCUGAAAAAAUAUUACGCACAGUUUGAGAGCAAAGAUCGUGUUCGUAUGACUAGAGCAUCGAAGGAAUUGCUGGAGAAACGCGCCACUCUGCGCAAAGAAUUCGUGGAAUAUCGAAACAAGCGCAUUAGCGAAUGGGAAGAACAGAAAUACCGCCGUAUGCAGUUGCGAAACAAUAUUGACACUGAUUCGUUGGAAGCUGAUGCAGAUAAUGUAGAAGAAGAAAUCGUUCAAAUCUUAGUACGUGAAGACACCACCAUCCUCGAGUAGUCCGUAUAAGGUUGCUAACAUUUGCCUGUUAUCUCUACCUGUGUCUCUGAGAUAACCUGCGUAUUCGGGGAUACUAUAAUUCAAAUAUUAGACUAAAGUGUGUUCCGUCUGUGUGCGGUUGGUGUAGAAUUAUUCAGACACAAAAGUUUUGCCUUCCAUCGAUGCGCAAAAGACAGUUUUAGGUGCGCUCGUGUAGUUUGACCGUGAAUACGCUAUUUUUACGAAUAUACGUUUCAAUAAAGCUACACGUCAGGCAAUUGGAUUGUAAGUUAUACUUUUACUUUGUAACAUGCAUAACAUAUUGUUCAACAUGGCUUCUAAUAAAUAUCUUAAAUUAGUGUAUUG